CGGGAGCGGACGUCGCGUCACUUAUCCUGUGCCGGCUACAAAUAAACGCUAAUGUUUGCGCGUCCAGUGGUGCCGUCCCGACGACUUUUUCUAUUUUAAACUGUGUGUCCUUUACGUGCUAGGAUAUUGUAUCUUGGAUACUUAUAUGUGUUAUUGAAGACUGUUUAAGAAUUUGUGAUCGUUAAAUUGAAUGUUUGAUUUGAAAUAGUGUUUAAAGACAUAUAGUUUGGUUAAUUGUGCUGUGUAGUGAGAUGGAUUAUAGCUUCUAAUUGAAGCUCAUUAUAAUGUCGAAGACUUUGAACGCCUACAGAAUAAAGAAGAUCGAAUCCCUGGGCAGGAUGACGGCGAUGACGCAGGAGGAGAUGGUGGCCGGCGCGCGCACGGUUGCCGCGGGGCUGGAGGCGCUGCGGGCUGAGCACGCGCAGCUGCUGGCCGGCCUCGCCGCCAACACGCAGCACGAACACGAGAAAGCCGCCCUAGUGAGGAAGAGCAUUGACGCCAUCGAGCUUGGCUUGGGCGAGGCACAGGUGAUGAUGGCGCUAGCGUCACACCUGCAGUCAGUGGAAGCGGAGAAGCAGAAGUUGCGGACGCAGGUGCGGCGACUGUGCCAGGAGAACGCGUGGCUGCGGGACGAGCUGGCGGCCGCUCAGCAACGCCUACAGGCCUCUGAGCAGCGCGUCGCACAGCUGGAGGAGGAAAACAAACAUCUGGACUUUAUGGCCUCCAUACGCAAAUACGAUAGUGACGUGACAGAGGAGUCUGAGGGCAGCCGUAGCGGACCCGCAGACGGCAAGCGCGACGACCCCAUGGUCGACCUCUUCCCCGAUGACGACCACGACGACAACAGAAACAACAAAUCGAUGUCCCCUACCCCGCCGUCUCAGUUCGCGCAGCAGGUGAACGCGGGGUACGAGAUCCCUGCGCGGCUGCGCACUCUGCACAACCUGGUGAUCCAGUAUGCGUCUCAGGGCCGCUAUGAGGUCGCAGUGCCACUCUGCAAGCAGGCCCUCGAGGAUCUGGAGAAGACAUCGGGACAUGAUCAUCCUGAUGUCGCUACCAUGCUCAAUAUACUUGCCCUCGUAUACAGAGACCAGAACAAAUACAAGGAGGCAGCCAAUCUGCUGAACGAUGCGCUCUCCAUUCGCGAGAAGACGCUGGGCGAGAACCACCCCGCAGUCGCAGCCACUCUCAACAAUCUCGCCGUGCUCUACGGCAAGAGGGGCAAGUACCGUGAGGCGGAGCCGCUGUGUAAGCGUGCACUCUGCAUCCGGGAGGCGGUGCUCGGUCGUGAUCAUCCCGAUGUAGCCAAGCAGCUCAACAACUUGGCGCUGCUCUGCCAGAACCAGAACAAGUACGAGGAGGUGGAGCAGUACUACCAGCGAGCUCUGGAGAUCUACGAGAGCAAGCUCGGCCCUGAUGACCCCAAUGUUGCCAAGACCAAGAACAACCUCGCCUCCUGUUAUCUCAAGCAGGGUAAAUACAAGGAAGCGGAGACAUUGUACAAGCAAGUGCUGACGCGAGCACACGAGAGAGAAUUUGGAACCAUUGAUGGUGAUAACAAGCCGAUCUGGCAAGUGGCGGAGGAGAGAGAGGAGAACAAGCAUUUACAGAAGGAGAAUGCGCCAUACGGCGAGUAUGGCGGCUGGCACAAGGCGGCUAAGGUGGACUCGCCGACAGUUACAACUACCCUGAAGAACUUGGGUGCCCUGUACCGCCGCCAGGGCAAGUACGAGGCCGCUGAGACCCUCGAGGACUGCGCCCUCCGCAGCAGGAAAGAGGCAUUGGAGGGUGUGAAACAAAGUCGCGUGCGUCGUCCCGCCGGCCGCGACCUCGCCGAGCACACCAGCGAACACGACGAGGGCACGAACCAAGCAACCGAGCCGCGUAUGAACCUUAAAUCGAAACUGUUCAAUGCGCUAGGUAUCAACACAGGCAGUAACGCACCGCACCAGUAGUACACUAAGACCUAACCUAGGAUUUAAAUUUUAAGUAAUCACCCGCUUUAAAUGAUGUCUCUCAGAGGCUUUUGAACAAUUCUUAUGUUCUAAAGCAUUUCCCUCAUUAUAGAGGACAUCAUUUUCACAAUCACUGUCCGCUCUGUUGUGUUUUAUAGCGCCUUUUAUAAUCUGUAUUUUUUUUUAAUUCAUUUUUAAUCCAUGGCACAUAUCUAUGAAACGCAAAAUGGCGGGCUACGUAGCUUAGUAUUUAUUAGCAUGCUCUAAGUUUAAUUAUAAAAUAUCGUAAAAAGAAAUAUUAUAUUACAAAAUUAUGAGUGUUAGAGAAUUAUUUUGUAUGAGAACCGUCCUAUCAAUUACAAAGGAAUAUUUUACGAUCAUGACAAAAUAAUUUUAUAGACGGUGAGGUAAACAUUUUAUUUUAUAUCUAUUCAAUUUUCCAGUGCAAUUUUUAUUCCAUUGAGAGUACUGAUAAAUAAAAG